CCCCGCCGCCCCCGGGGGCGCUGCCCGCGAUCGCACGGGCAGCCGGGGCCGUCGCCAUGGGGCUGCUGGCGCUGCUCUUCCUCCUGCUGCUCCUCCUGCUCCUGCUCCUGCUCCUGGCCCGCGCUCGGGGGGGCUCGGGGGGCCCCAACCCCUUCGCCGCCGAUGCCCGGCGCCCCCCGGCCCCGCUGGUCACCGACAAAGCUGCGCGCAGGACGGUCCUCAAGACAGUGUUCUCGCCGGAGAAGGUCCCGCCGGGGCUGGACGCCAUCGUGGUGGGCAGCGGCAUCGGGGGCCUGGGGGCUGCGGCGCUGCUGGCGCGGACGGGCCGGCGGGUGCUGGUGCUGGAGCAGCACGGCAGGCUGGGCGGCUGCUGCCACAGCUUCAGCGAGAGGGGCUUCGAGUUCGACAGCGGUAUCCACUACGUGGGGGAGAUGCAAGAAGGUUCCAUCAGCCACUUCGUGGUGGAGCAGUUGACCGAGGGUCAACUGGAGUGGGCUCCUCUCCCAGCUGUCUACGACGCUGUGGUCCUGGGGGAUCCUGGCUCUGGUAGGACCUUCCGGCUCCGUGCUGGGAAGGAGGAAUAUUUUCAGGCCUUGAAGGAGCAAUUUCCCGGGGAGGAAAAAGCCAUCGAGGAGUUCCAGCAGCUGAUGAAGAGCCUGCGCCGGGGCCCGAUGUGGAUGGUCGUCCUGAAGAUGGUCCCGCGCGCGGCGGCCGCGCUGCUCUGCCGCUCGGGGCUGCUGCCCCAGCUCAGCCCCUUCUGCCGCUGGGCCUCCCGCAGCCUGAAGGAGGUGGUGGAUGGGCUCACCACCAACCACGAGCUCCGGGCUGUCCUCAGCUACCUCUUCCCCACCUAUGGCGUGGUCCCCUCCAAGGCCAGUUUCUCCUUGCACAGCAUCCUGGUCAACCACUUCCUCCAUGGUGCCUGGUACCCAAAGGGGGGGGCGGGGGAAAUUGCCUUCCACAUCAUUCCCGUCAUCCGGAGAACCGGAGGCGACGUGCUGGGGAAGGCGCCGGUGCAGAGGAUCCUGCUGGAUCCCCAGGGCAAAGCCUGUGGCGUCAGCGUCCAGAAAGGCCCAGACUUGGUGAACAUCUUCGCUCCCAUCGUCAUUUCGGAUGCUGGGAUCUUCAACACCUACGAGCGGCUCCUCCCGAGGGAGGUGCAGGUGCAGCCCGAGGUGCAGGCUCAGCUCCGCCUGAUGACACACGGCGAGGGGGGCUUCACUGUCUUCGUGGGUCUCAACGGCUCGAGGGAAGAGCUGGGCUUGGAGGCCACCAACUACUUCAUGUACUCAGGGAGUGACCUGGAUGGAAUAACAAAGCGCUACCUGGCUUCUUCCAGAGAAGAAGCUGCCAAGAACAUCCCUCUCCUGUUUGUCACCUCCCCGUCAGCCAAGGACCCCACCUGGGAAAUGAGGCACCCAGGGAAAUCCACGCUGGCUGUCGUCACCUUUGCCAAGUACGAGUGGUUUGAGGAGUGGAAGGACAAGAAGGUCCAUAAGCGGGGAGAUGAUUACGAGGAGCUGAAGAAGACCUUUGUGGACACCAUCAUGCAGUCUGUCUUCAAGCUCUACCCUCGCAUUGAGGACAGGAUCGAGUACCUCUCCGGCGGGACGCCCCUCACCAACCAGCACUACCUCGCCAGCCCCCGGGGGGAGUUCUAUGGUGCCGACCAUGGGCUGGCCAGGCUGCAGGCCAUGGCCAUGGCCACUGUGAGGGCACAGACCCCUGUCCCCAACCUCUACCUGACAGGGCAGGAUCUGUGCCUGGGGGGCUUCACGGGAGCCCUGCAAGGGGCCCUCAUCUGCGCCAGCACCGUCCUCAACCGCAACCUCUACAUGGACGCGCUGCAGCUGAAGAAGAGCCUGAAGGCCACCAAAGCUGAGAAGAAGGACUAAUGUGAGUCCUAGCACCAGCCAGGACCUCCCUCUGUCCCCCUGGCCCCCCGCAUCACCCCAGUGCAAAGCUGCAGGGUUGGAGCCUUGGAAGACACCAUUCCAGGUCCUGGCCCACUCACCUUGGACCUGACCCACCUCCAGCUCACCUCCUUCCACCCCAACAUCCACCACUAGCAGGGAAAAGCCCACAAUGAUCCCUGACCAUGCUCUUGAGGACAAAUCCUUUCUCCCGGCGUAGGGAACAUGGGCUCCUAAAGUUUCUUGGGGUUCCUAAAACUCCUCUGGUCUUCUAAAGCUUCUUGGGGCUCCUAAAGCUCCUCUGGUCUCCUAGAGUUCUUGGGGCUCCUAAAGCUCCUCUGGUCUGCUAAAGCUUCUUGGGGUUCCUAAAGCUCCUCUGGUCUCCUAAAGCUUCUUGGGGUUCCUAAAGCUCCUCUGGUCUCCUAAAGCUUCUUGGGGCUCCUAAAGCUCCUCUGGUCUCCUAGAGUUCUUGGGGCUCCUAAAGCUCCUCUGGUCUCCUAGAGUUCUUGGGGCUCCUAAAGCUCCUCUGGUCUCCUAGAGUUCUUGGGGUUCCUAAAGCUCCUCUGGUCUCCUAGAGCUUCUUGGGGUUCCUAAAGCUCUGGUCUUCUAAAGCUUCUUGGGGCUCCUAAAGCUCCUCUGGUCUCCUAAUGCUUCUUGGGGCUCCCAAAGCUUCUUCGGGCUCCUAAAGCUCAUCUUAACCAAGGUGCCCAGGGGAGGCUCCUGGAGAUGGAGCAGCUUUGCUGCCAGAGCUGUGCCAGGAUGGGAGAAGCUCAGGAACAGGAUCCAAGCUUAGGGGGAUGGGAAGCGCGUGAGACCGGAAAGAAAUAAAAUUCAUCAUCAUCAUCA